AUGCCGCUCUUGAGGCUGAAGUUUCUCCUCCAGAACCGCGCCCUUCGUUGCAGUUCUUGGCUAUCUGGAUCUACUACCCCAAAUUGUUCGCGCCGUUAUUCGACAGCACCAGAAUUUCAGUACGAAGCUUUCUUCAAAUACACCUCAGGGCGCUGGCUUCACAACGAAAAGCAAGAGCUAGCGAAGCGAUAUCUUCGAUUUAACGUCGAUGGAUUAAAAGUUGCGGUAGUUAAGGCAGCAGGCGCAAACACCGUCCUGAGGAUGAAGAAGCUCGGGGAGGGGGAAUUCAAUAAGGCUUUCCUGCUGACUCUCGACAACGGGACAGAACUUGUCGCGCGUCUUCCGUUGGCGAAAGCAGGCCCAGGUCAUCUCGUUACAGCCAGUGAGGUCGCGACGAUGGAUUAUGCCCGCACGCGACUCCAAAUUCCAAUACCACGCGUCCUCGCAUGGUCGUCAGAUGCGGACAACAAUGGAGUCGACUCUGCCUACAUCAUUAUGGAAAAAGCAACAGGUGUUUGCCUACAAGACGUCUGGCCCUCGAUGUCCCUCAUGAUGAAGCGCAACGUCGCUGAAAAGCUGGCCGAACUCGAAAAACAAUACGACAUACCUCUGAGCGGCGGUUACGGGGCCCUAUAUUAUCGCAGAGAUAUCGACCCGGAAUCUUCCAGAGACCUCUUCACGGAUGGCGUCCGCGAGUCCGAGUUCGUCCUCGGUCCGAUGACACCAACCUCGUUUUGGCGUGAUGGAAAGGCAGAAAUGGAGGGAGUAGAUCGCGGUCCCUGGGACGAGGAUCCUACGAAGUACGUGAAGGCCGUCGCCCAACGUGAAUAUGACUGGCUGGACAAAUUCAAACCCCAAAAUGUACCAGAAACGAUGCUGGCUCCUGCUUCCUUGAUGUUUCCGUAUGAAGAGCAUAAAUCCCUCCUGCAGCACCUUAUGAGUGCAGCGCCUUACCUAUUGCAUUCGGAUCCAGCCCUCAUACAACCAUCGCUAGUUCAUCGUGAUCUGAGUGAUAGUAAUAUCUUCAUCUCGCAAGAGGCGCUUGAAGCUGGCCGCAUCGAGUUCACCUCCUUCAUUGACUGGCAACAUUCAGUCGUAAAUCCUCUCUACUUCUCCGCCCGGAUCCCGGCUUUCCUCAAGAACAGGUAUCCAGAAGUCAAUGCCGCCAAAAUCACUCAAGAAGAGAUUCAAAAUAUACUGAAGAUGCCCCAGGAACAACGUGACGCUGGGAUGUCUAUCAUACAAGAAGUGCUUCUUGAGGAUGCCUAUUGCGACGCUCUGCGCGAGGUCAACCCCCUCUACUAUCACGCGCUCAAUUUUCAGACCAGAUCUCUCCUUGUUGCGCCCAUUGCCUGCGCUACUGGCACCUGGCCUGAUGGGUUCUUGCCUUUGCAGGAGUCUCUUAUCAACUUGCAACAAUGCUGGGACGCAUUGAAUGCUGGGACGCAUUGA